AUGCCUGUUGUGGAGAGUAUAAGUGAACAGUUGUCGUCUUUGCACUUGUCAGAAGAGAUCACAGAAGAAAUUAUAGCUUGUGCAAGGUAUGGUGAACUUUCUGAGUUGCAGGACAUUAUAAAAUCAUACCCUAUCGCGUGUCUUGCGUCAAGAGACACCUUUAGAAACACCGCAUUACACAUGGCAAGUGCGAAUGGUUAUACAAGUAUCGUAGAAUAUAUCAUACAAACAUUAGGAACUUUGGAAAGUGAUAUAGUAAACGUACAAAAUGAAUUGGGGAAUACUCCAUUACAUUGGAGUGCAUUGAAUGGUCAUAUCGAGGUAGUCACGCUACUGGUAUCCAGCGGAGCUGAUGUAAAGAUCAAAAAUAAAGCAGGAAGAACAGCAAUGUACGAAGCACAACAAAAUAAUCACGAAAAAGUGGUUGAAUAUUUAUUAUCUAAAAUAGAACCUGAAAAAGAAGAAAACUCUUAA